UUUUUGCCGUCAUCCAACGCACAUGUAGCUUUUAACCGAGUGACCUCAGAUUGUCGCAGGACCAAUGCUCACCUUUUGGGUCCAAUAUUUAUGCAAGUCGGGGCCAAUGCAAUAAUUCCACGAUAAAACAUUAAAAUACUGAUUUGCCCUUCCACCAAUUGAGGUACAUUUUAAAUUAGCUAAACACACCGGCUGGUAAGCGGCGCGAGAACAGUUUUCCAUGGCUGGAAUCGAAGAGCUAUCACCGGCUGCAGGCCCAGUCGAGACCCGUCCCCCAGAAGGCGAGAUUGACGAAGAUGAAGAUGAAGAGCCGGAUGAGACUAUUAUGGAGAGGCUGUGGGGUUUGACUGAGAUGUUCCCUGAUACACUGCGCUCUGCGGCUGAGGUGACCGCAUCGGGCUCAGUCACUGUGGCCAAGAAGCUGUACAGUUUCUCCCGCGCUGCCCUGUGGGUGGGCACUACCUCGUUCAUGAUCCUGGUCCUUCCGGUGGUGUUUGAGACUGAGAGACUACAGCUGGAGCAGCAGCAGCUACAGCAGCAGAGACAGAUCCUGUUGGGCCCCAAUGCAGGGAUGUCAGGUGGGAUGCCAGGGCUGAUGCCUCCCGCUCCAGUGAAAAUGUGACCAAUGUCCCUCCGACAACCUUAGCGCUUCAACCAAUGAGGGAGAGUGGAGACUUGGAAGGAGAGAGAGAGAGAGACACAGAGACAAAGAAGAGGAUACAAAGCUGCAUCUGGUCAGCACAUGUGCUCCUUCCAAAAUCCAGGAUUGUCCAUUUAAGGAGAUUAGAGGAGGGUGAUGUCACUUCAUGGGUGUUGCAAUAACGAAUGUCCCUUUCGCUGUCUCUCUUACUCAACAUCCUGCAGAGACUUCUGCACACUCUUCUGAGCACUGUUUUUACUUAAUUUUCUUUUUUUUAAUACAUAGCGAUAUAAAUAUGUAUGUGUUCCAGGGGAUUUGGAUCAGAUGGAUAAUUGAAGAAAUUGGGAUAUUAUUGUGGUUAUAAGAGGUUACCAAUAGUGGUGUGUGGUCUGAAUUUUAAAAAAUUUCUUCAUGUGGGUCUGUAGCUACAUAUGGCCUUGAAACUGUUGUAACCUGUGUUUGGUUUGGGAACGUGUUCAUUCCACUUGUAUGUGGGAAAAUCAUGGUAGAGCUAUGAUGUCAGUCAUGUCUGUCAUAUUCACAAUCACAGCUGGUCCUUGAGAUCUAUAGUGUGCUGGUUUUGCAAAAGCAUUGGUGAUAAGAGUAUGUAUGUCACGUGUCGCUUGAGACAUUGUUUCAUUUGCGGGCAUUAAAGCCAUAAAAAAAAGCAUCACAAAAAGUAUAUUUUGAUAAGAUUCAAACAGCACUUUCCUGCAUACGGUAUAACUCUAAAGAUAUUAUGUCAAUGUACACAUAGUCCUGUCAAGCCUGAGAGAAUGUCAGUAACUUUUUUCUAUUGUCACUUUGGAAUGUAUGUUCUUUUAACUUUGCAACGAGCAAAUUCUGUCUUGUGUGUUCAACCUGAAUGCAGGAAUAAAAACACCAAUGAAAUGGACAUUACAAAAAAAGUUGUAUUAUCAUAUAUGCUAGAUGGGUGCAGGGAAAUGUAACGUGCUGCUUUGCCCUCUUUACGUUUCACUUGUUUAUUUACAUGUAGGUUAUUUUCCUUCUCUAUCAGAGACAUUCCAUUUGUAUACUGUAGUAAAGUACAGGUAUCUUACAGAUAAAUGCUACAAAUUGA